AAAAGGAGUUUUUUUUGAGGAAUACACGAACAAUCGCGAAAAAAGGAUGAACGCAGCGAGGCGUGUAACACGUCAGACGGCAACGUUUAAUCUUAAUGAUGAGAACAAAUUGCAUGGACAAAUAUCUCGGGUGAAGCAAGUAUCUACACAAGGAUUAGAAGGGGUAAAUAAGCCAUGGACGGCGGCGACGCGAAAGAGAGCAGCAUUAGGAGAUGUAAGCAAUGUGCAUAAUAAGGAGAAUCAGACGGCGAAAACGAAAACGCAGCCGUUAUCAACCAAAGCACGCGUGGUGACGAAAACCGGAGUUCAAAGUCAUCAAAGCAAAGAAUCCGUUCAUACGGUACCAACGGGAGAAUUGCGUGGUGAAGAAACAACACGAAAAAGACGGACAUCAAAGGUUUUAACGGAGCAAAAAGUGAUCAUUGAGGUGGAACAAACACAAGCAAGUAAAAAAGUGAGAACCGAUGGCCUUUUAAACGGAUCGGUACAAGAGCAUCCAGCAUCACAAGAUUGGGAUGAUUUAGAUGCGGAUGAUGCUCAUGAUCCAUUGAUGGUAUCGGAAUACGUUGAAGAAAUCAUGGGUUACAUGAGGGAAUUAGAGGUAUUAACACUUCCUUUACCAGAUUAUAUGGAUCGACAGAAAGAACUUCAAUGGAAAAUGCGAGGAAUCUUGGUAGAUUGGUUAAUUGAGGUUCAUGCGAAAUUUCGUCUUCUUCCAGAAACGUUAUUUCUUUCUGUCAAUAUUAUUGAUCGAUUUUUAUCCCUACGAGUAUGUUCGCUUCCUAAGCUUCAAUUAGUAGGGAUUACAGCACUUUUUAUCGCAGCAAAAUAUGAAGAAGUGAUGUGUCCAUCGAUACAAAAUUUUAUGUACAUGGCAGAUGGUGGAUAUACGAAUGAAGAAAUUCUAAAAGCAGAACAAUACGUUUUACAAGUUCUUGGAUAUGAUAUGUCAUAUCCAAAUCCCAUUAAUUUUCUAAGAAGAGUAUCAAAGGCAGAUAAUUAUGAUAUUCAGACACGUACAGUGGCAAAAUAUCUUAUGGAAAUUAGUCUUCUUGAUCAUCGAUUUUUGCCUUUUGUGCCAUCUAAUAUUGCAGCUUCGGGCAUUUAUUUGGCUAGAAUUAUGGUUACUGGUGGCAAUUGGAAUGCUAAUUUAAUACAUUAUUCGGGAUAUAAAGAAUCAGAUCUUGUUCCAUGUUCUAAAAUGAUGCUGGAUUAUCUUUCACGAUCAGUUAUAAAACAUGAAGCAUUUUUUAAAAAAUAUGCCAGCAAAAAAUUCAUGAAAGCUAGUUUAUUUGUUCGCGAUUGGGUUAAAAAACAUUACGAUCUUGAGGCAAACGUGCGAUUAAACACUAUCUCUUUCGAUUACGAUAACCAUGAAUCAAAUGAAAUACAUCAGGACUUAGAAGAGGAAGAAGGAUCCCUAUAGUUAAAUGUUUUACAAACAGACAUAUCUAUUUUUUUAUACUAGUA